CAGUUAGCAGUAGCUAUAGUACGUAGCCGGCGAGCAUACCAGCGGGAGCCAGGAGAGCAUCCAUGGCGUCGGCCUCAGGUCUCUUCGCCACGGCGCUCGUCGUGGCGCUCAUGCUCGCGGGUAGCAGCACCAGCCGUGCCGCGCGCCACCUCGCCGACGUGACUCCGGCAGCUGCUCCUGCCGCCGUCCCAGGCAUUCCUGCCGUGCCGAAGCCGCCGGUGCCAACGGUGCCAGCCGUGCCCGCGGUCGCUCUGCCACCGAUGCCCGCCGUACCGACGGCGCCAACGGUCACCGUGCCGCCAGUUCCCCAAGUGCCGGCGGCGACCUUGCCACCCAUGCCAGCAAUUCCGGCGGUCCCCGCGGCAACCUUGCCACCCAUGCCAGCCGUGCCGGCGGUCCCCGCGGCGACCCUCCCGCCGAUGCCCGCGGCGCCCACUACCGUGCCGAACGCGGCGUUGCCCCCCAUGCCGGCCGUGCCGAAGGUGACGCUGCCUCCCAUGCCCGCCGUCCCCAAGGUUACCUUGCCGCCAAUGCCCUCGAUCCCCAGCGGCGUGCCGAUGCCGUUCUUGGCGCCGCCUCCCUCGGCGUAAUCAAGCAUGCGCACUGUACGUUCAUGUGUGGACACGCUGGUUGUCUGUCAUCUGCCGAUAUCUGAUUGUUGCGUCGUCGCUCGAUCGAGUAUUUGCUGGGAACGAUGCUGUACUUUCACGAACAGAUUGGCUGGAGUUUCUUUCUUGGCUUCCAUUUGAUUUGUGUGGAUUAUGUUUAUGUAUUAGUUGGAGAGGUCUUGGGUCUUGUCAUUGAUUACUCUGUACAUGUACAACUUGUGCUCAGCAAUCUCGUGUUUCUGUAUUUUGGGUUCA